GUGCUAGUUACACUGCCACGUUGGUUAGGGUGGUGAUGUGCCCCUCCCUGCAUAGGACCGCAAGCGAGUGGUCCAGUAACCAGAGUUAACGCUGGAGUGUGGCAACAUGGCUCCAUCCAGAGCAUGCCAGAGGGGCCAAUCCCGAUGUCCUGACAGCUUAUUGUGGACGAGUGAGACUACCAGGCCAAGUACCGCCAACAGUUGCCCCUUUCUCCCAUGCUUCCACAAAAUAGUUUUGCACGUUGACUUGACAUAGUUACCCCUUCCCCUAACCAUUCGGAGUAGCGGUAGCCCAAAUGUAUCGGUUCCGGGCUGUAUUGUCUAGCUGGAGGAGGUGGUGGCCGGCCACCCAACGUGUCGAAGACGCCGCAGAGCUCCUCCCAGUUGCCGAAAUCGGUGUCAAGGCAUGCCCCAUCGAAGAGUAUCCCUCCGGAUACCCACAAUACUCGGCCCUUAUUUCGUCCUACGGCCCUUUCUUCGCCUUUCGGUCUUUCCGCCAGUUGCGGGCAAGACUACUGCUCUUGCAGCAGGAUGAGAUCGGCGUCCUUGAAGCGCGGCUCAACCAAGUCGACCGCGAGGAGGCCUCACCGUUCUAUCUCGGCACAUGCCGGGGCGACAGGAAUGUGGCACGCGCCGACAUUAUCACGCAGAUUCAUUCAAAAUUAGCUGACUACGAUGCUCUUGUCGAGCGAUGCCGUCAGAUGUUGGCCUAUAGCCGAGGGAGCCCACGGGAUGUAGCCAGUCUUCAGAAUUGGUUGGACCAGACAGGAUGCUUGACGCGCGAGGAGACCGCAUACCUCGACCAGCCCAGCGACCUGAUCACCCUCGCGUCGCCCACCGAUUCGGCAUUGAAACGACUGGAGGACUGGGUCGAGGAUCGACUGGUACGGCACUACAAAAGGUUCAGAGUUGGCCUCGGGCAUGACAUCUCGACCAACCCAACCGUCUACGUACCCUCCGGCCCGUUCAUCAAUAACAUUGCGAGGGCCCUGAUGUUAUGUCUCAUAACCUUUCUGCUCCUCGCUCCCGUGAUAGUGUGCAUUCUCGUAAAGAGCUUCGCCGCACGGGUCGUUGUCAUUGCUGUGUCCACAGCUUUGUAUUUGACGGUUCUAUCGCUACUUACAAGAUCAAGGAUGCUAGAGUUGAUAUUGGCAGGCGCAACAUUUGCAACUGUUCUGACCGUGUUCGUGUCAAAUUCCGUCGGUGUUUAGGACUUCUUAGAUGUCGGGAUAACGGUUUGUUCCCUCAAUAUAUCAAGUACCUUUACUUGGGUCUUCGCCCAAGCUCUCCAGAGUGCCAUCACAUCAACAACUUGGAAAAGGAGUAUAAAGUCCUGGCCACAGGGGUACCAAUAGCCUCCAUGUUGGACUAAGAUUUCGUGAAUCUUAAGGAGUGGAUAUAGUGUUUAGGUAGUUGCUUGUAAUUACCGCCACUGGUCCCGUUUGACCAUACAGGGAAGUGUUAUGAGUAUGAUUUGAUCUGAAGGUCUGA